AUCGACCCCUGCACGGCGACGGAUUUGGCGAACGAGCGCCUCGUCGUCGAGGGACUCGCGCGCGCGUUCCCGGGCCACCGCGUCGUCGGCGAGGAGGCCUGCUCCGACGCGGGCGCCAUCCCCGUCCUCGACGACGACGCCACGCCGACGUGGAUCGUCGACCCGAUCGACGGCACGCAGAACUUCGUGCACGGCCUGCCCUGCUCCUGCGUGUCCAUCGGCCUCGCGGAGCGCGGCGUCCCCGUGCUCGGCGUCGUCUUCGACCCCUACCGCGACGAGCUCUGGGUCGCCGCGGCGGGCGAGGGCGCGUUCCUCAACGGCGCGCGGCUCGCGCCGCCGCCGGCCGUCGACCUCGCGGGCGGCGACCUGAGCUCCGCGACGGUGCUCACGGACCUCGGCUACGAGCGCGGGCCCGCGGCGGCGCCCCUCGCGCGGCUCUACGCGGCGCUCCUCGACGAGAAGGUCCGCGCGGUCCGCAUCCUGGGGUCGACGGUGCUCUCGCUCUGCUACGUCGCGUCGGGCCGCGCGUCGUCGCUCGUCAUCGGCCUCGUCGAGCGCGACUGCCCCAAGCCCUGGGACUGGUGCGCGGGGACGCUCGUCGCGCGCGAGGCGGGC